GUGGAAUCCACACCAACCGGCAACCGCAAGCCACCACACCACCUCCCCGCCGUCGAAAGGAAUCGAGGGGAUCAGCGGACCGGCGGCGGCGCGGCGAUGGGGAUCGGGGAGCACUUCGAGGGCGUCAAGCAGCACUGGGCGCGCAACUUCGCCUUCCUCGACUACUUCAAGAAGGUCUACGGCCGCGCCGAGCCCCUCCCCAAGUGGUCCGACGCCGACGUCGAGGAGUUCAUCGCCUCCGACCCGGUCUACGGGCCCCAGCUCAAGGCCCUGCGGGAGUCGAGGAAGUUCGCGCUCGCCGGGGCCCUCGCCGGCGCCGCCCACCUCGGCGGCGUCGCGUUCAAGUACUCCAAGGCGCCGCACGGCGUCGUGCUGGCGACCGGGUUCGGGGCGAUCACUGGCGCCGUGCUGGGAUCCGAGGUGGCGGAGCACUGGUACCAGCUCUACAAGAUGGACAAGCAGGGGGCCAACCUCAGGUUCAUCUACUGGUGGGAGGAUAAGGUUUCAGGUCAGAAGAGCUGAACCACAUUGUGGAUGCGUAUGUGAGCAUACCAGCUUGACAAAACAGUGAUAUUCUGUGGAAUUUGUAGUUUUUGCUUCCUAGUUUUUUUUCCAAUAAGGUGCGUAUUGGUUGUGGAAACCAACUGGACAAUGUACUUUACUCUCUAUCAUGAGAGAUGUUUAUCCUUAGCACCCUACAAUCCUUAUGCUCGCUCUGGUGUGAACAUUAACCCGAUCUCUUUGAAGGCAUGUUUUCUUGAAUGAUUAGUUUGCAGCUAGUAAUUACAA